AUGGCAGGAUACCCGGGACAGCGCCCAUACGGCGGUGGCCCGCCCGCGCCUCGUCCUGGUCCAGGACCCGGCCUCGCGCAACGGGGCCCUCCUCCUCCCCAGCAGUACGACAACUACCAGCAAGACGGCUACGGCUAUGACUACUACGACGACGGUGGCUACGGCCAGGACUACGGCGGAGGGUACCAAGACCAGAACUACGGAAGAGGCCCGCCACCGCCGAAUCAGGGCUACCCGCAACAGGACUACUACGGCGGCGGCCCAGGACCCAAUGGCCCGGGGAGAGGAGGACGUCCGCCGCCACAAAUGGGAAGAGGAGGCCCGAUAGCACGUCCCCCAACAGCCGACGGUGUUCGCGGCGGCUAUCCCCCCGGUCCCUCGGGUCGUGGUGGCCCUGGUGGCCGCGGAGGAUUCCCCAUGGGACGCGGAGGGCGACCUGCUCCGUACGAGCGAUCGGCGAACUCAGACCCUGCGGCGAACCGCCCCCGACCGCAAGAUGGCGGCCCAAUAAGCCCACCUGGCCCCCAGGGCUUUGGCGGCGCCUUCCCCGCGUUCCCUGGACAGGGUCGCAAGACAGACCUCGACGAAGAGCAGGCGAUACUGAAUAAGAUGGCCGGCUUGGAAAUUGCAGCCCAGGGACCACCUCCAAGACAGCCGAAUGGCAGAGGGCCGCCCCCGCGAGGAUAUCCGGAGCCGCGACGUGGCCCCGACCCCGGCUACGGAGGGCCUGACUUCAGAGACGAUGGCUAUGGCCCGCAGGACAACUUCGGCCCCCCGCCUCGGAGUAUGACGAUGCCGGUCAAUGAUCCCAUGCAAAGACGCGCGCCGCCGCAUCGGCAAGACACGUACGCAGGGCCGGGCGGUCAAGGAGGACCUCCUCGUAACGGUGUCCCUCCCCGGCCAUCUACAGCUCAGGGCAACAGACCGCCGCCGCAGCGCAUGCAUCCUCCGAACCCCCCGCUGCCCCUUCAGAACGGAUAUGAUGGAUAUGACGGAGGCCACGAUGGUUAUAGGGACACCAGGGCAUCAUUUGGCGAUGUCUAUGAUGCAUACUAUCAGCCCCCGCGUACGAGCAACGAUUACCGUGGGCCGGGGGGCCCUGGAGGCGCUCCUGACUUCGAUGCGCAGCCUUCACACCGCCCGCGCGGCUCAUUUGAUCAGCACAUGAGACCCGGCAUUGCGGAACAUACUCAGCCGGGUGCUAAGCGCAUGCCGGAAAUGAGCCGCACAAAGUCGCAACCUGAUUUGAGACAAUCGCAGCAAGCCGUUUUCGAGAUGGCCGGUGACGCGCCGCCAAUGCCACCCAUGAAUGGCGGCUACCAACAAGACGCUUACAACGGUCCAACCGGCUGGGAUCAACCACAACAACCUAACCCGCCGCAAAUGGGACGUCCGGGUCUCCCUCAUGGACCGUCUCCAAGUCGCAGCGGUGAUUCACUGCCAUCUCACCCCACUCCAGUUCGCCCUGGUCAUAUGCCCAACUCGAUGGUCAGCAUGAGCGACAAGCCUGCACCUGUCCGCAACUACAACGGCGGAAUGGGCGGACCAAUGCCUCCCGCCGGUCCUGGUGCGAUGCCCCCGCAGCAGAUGGCUCCCCAGCAAGCCAGCACGCCGUCUUUCACGGAAGCUUCGACGCCAGUCACACAGGAGGAGCUCGAGCGCCUGCGCCAGAUCAUCAAGACGAAUCCCAAUGACCAAGAGUCUGCCCUGAGGCUGGCAAAGAGACUCGUGGAGGCGGUCGACGUACUAGCGCCUCACUUGGCUGACCCGAAGAUGAAGGUUCGCGCGCGUGAGAAGUACCUCAUGGAUGCGAACAAGAUUCUCAAGAAGCUAUCGAAUGCCCAAAACCCCGAAUCUAUGUUUUUCUACGCAGAUUGUCUUGGACGCGGACUAUUUGGACAGGAGCCCGACAACAAGGAAGCCUUCACGCUAUACCAGUCGUCAGCCAAGCUUGGACACGCGGCGGCCGCGUACAGGACGGCGGUGUGCUGCGAAAUCGGUCACGAAGAGGGCGGCGGUACGAGGAAAGAUCCCUUAAAGGCGAUUCAGUGGUAUAAGAGAGCUGCAACGCUUGGGGACACGCCAGCCAUGUACAAGGUGGGCAUGAUCCUGCUGAAGGGACUUCUUGGCCAGCCCAAGAAUCCUCGUGAAGCUGUGGGUUGGUUGAAGCGGGCUGCCGAACGCGCCGACGCCGAGAACCCUCACGCUUUGCAUGAGCUCGGCCUACUGUACGAGUCCGCAGCUCCCAAUGACGCCAUUAUCAAGGACGAGGCCUACGCCUUUACUCUCUUCCGACAGGCUGCGGACCUUGGCUACAAAUUCUCGCAGUAUCGACUCGGGUGCGCCUUUGAAUAUGGUCUCAUGGGCUGUCCUAUCGAUCCUCGACAGUCAAUCAUGUGGUACUCUCGCGCCGCGCAGCAGGGCGAGCAUCAGUCCGAGCUGUCGCUCAGUGGAUGGUAUCUUACUGGCAGUGAUAAUGUCCUGCAGCAGAGCGACACGGAGGCAUACUUGUGGGCUCGCAAGGCGGCGAUGGCUGGUUUGGCAAAGGCCGAGUACGCGAUGGGAUACUUUACGGAAGUAGGCAUCGGUGUGCCGGCCAACAUGGAGGACGCGAAGCGGUGGUACUGGAGAGCGGCUGCCCAAGACUUCCCCAAGGCCCGCGAGCGCCUCGAGGACCUCAAGCGCGCUGGCAAGAACGGCCCUCGGCAGCGCGAGCGCAUCUCCCGUAGCAAGAUCGGCAAGCAACAGGAAGGCGAGUGUGUCGUCAUGUAG